CCCGCCUCCGGCAGCUGCGAACUCACAGGAGCUGCGACCGCCACCCGGACUGAAGCGCAAUGAGGAGCAGGAGCAACUCGGGUGUCCGGCUUGAUGGCUACGCCCGCCUGGUGCAGCAGACCAUCCUGUGUCAUCAGAAUCCUGUGACUGGCUUACUUCCAGCCAGCUGUGAUCAGAAAGAUGCUUGGGUCCGGGAUAAUGUCUACAGCAUACUGGCGGUGUGGGGCCUGGGCCUGGCUUACCGCAAGAAUGCAGACCGAGAUGAGGACAAGGCCAAGGCCUAUGAAUUAGAGCAGAGUGUCGUGAAGCUGAUGAGGGGGCUGCUGCAGUGUAUGAUCAGACAGGUGGGCAAAGUCGAGUCCUUCAAAUACAGUCAGAGCACCAAGGACAGUCUCCAUGCCAAGUACAACACGAACACCUGUGCCACCGUGGUGGGGGACGAUCAGUGGGGCCACUUGCAGUUGGAUGCCACCUCUGUUUUCCUGCUAUUCCUGGCCCAGAUGACAGCCUCAGGGCUCCAUAUCAUCCACAGCCUAGAUGAGGUCAAUUUCAUACAGAAUCUUGUGUUUUACAUUGAAUCUGCUUACAAAACAGCGGAUUUUGGCAUAUGGGAACGUGGUGAUAAGACCAACCAAGGCAUCUCUGAGCUGAAUGCAAGUUCUGUUGGGAUGGCAAAGGCAGCCUUGGAGGCUUUGGAUGAGCUGGACCUGUUUGGUGUGAAGGGUGGGCCCCAGUCCGUCAUCCAUGUCAUGUCAGACGAGGUCCAGCACUGCCAGUCUAUCCUCCAUUCCAUGCUGCCCCGGGCCUCAAUGUCCAAAGAGGUAGAUGCCAGUGUCCUCUCGGUGAUUUCCUUCCCAGCCUUUGCAGUAGAGGACAGCCAGUUGGUGGAGAUCACAAAGCAGGAAAUAGUCACCAAGCUUCAGGGUCGUUAUGGCUGCUGUCGCUUUCUCCGAGAUGGGUAUAAAACCCCCAAAGAGGAUCCUAAUCGUCUGUACUAUGAACCAGCUGAGCUGAAGCUGUUUGAGAACAUUGAGUGUGAAUGGCCUUUGUUCUGGACCUACUUCAUCCUGGAUGGUGUCUUCAGUGGCAACAUGGAACAGGUCCAAGAGUACCGGGAAGCUCUGGAAGGAGUCCUUAUCAAAGGCAAGAACGGGGUUCGCCUUCUGCCUGAGCUCUACAGUGUCCCUCCUGAGAAGGUUGACGAAGAGUACCAGCAUCCUCACACUGUGGACCGAGUGCCCAUGGGCAAGCUGCCUCACAUGUGGGGCCAGUCCCUGUACAUCCUGGGAAACUUGAUGGCAGAGGGGUUUUUAGCACCUGGGGAAGUUGAUCCUCUGAACCGGAGAUUUUCCACUGUCCCCAAGCCAGAUGUUGUGGUUCAAGGGGUCCUGACUGGAACACUGCCAUCUCUGGUGAGGAGGGUGGGACGGUCCGGGAGCUCCUCGCUGCCCUGUAUGGCAAAGCUGGGCAAGCACGUCACUGGGGCCUAAUCCGCUACAUCUCUGGCAUUCUAAAGAAGAAAGUGGAAGCCCUGGAUGAGGCCUGCACAGAUCUACUGUCUCACCAGAAGCACUUGACAGUGGGAUUCCCUCCAGAGCCUCGGGAGAAGACUAUCUCUGCCCCUCUGCCCUAUGAGGAGCUCACCAAGCUGAUCGAUGAAGCCAGCGAGAACGAUGUAAAUAUCUCCAUCCUCACACAGGAAAUCCUGGUGUACCUGGCCAUGUACAUGCGAACUCAGCCCAGCCUUUUUGCGGAGAUGUUCCGGCUCCGGAUUGGUCUCAUUAUCCAGGUGAUGGCGACAGAGCUGGUGCAGGCUCUUCACUGUUCAGCUGAAGAAGCCACAGAGAGCCUGAUGAACCUCAGUCCUUCAGCCAUGAAGAAUCUCUUACACCACAUUCUCAGUGGCAAAGAGUUUGGCGUGGAAAGAAGCGUGCGUCCUGCCGAUUCCAAUGUCAGCCCCUCUAUUUCCAUUCAUGAAAUUGGCGCUGCUGGGGUGACCAGGACUGAACGGGCAGGAAUCAUGCAGUUAAAAAGCGACAUAAAACAGGUGGAAUUACGCCGGCUGUCUGUCUCAGUUGAGAGUCAGGCCAAUGGUGGCCAAACGCUGAGCGCUGAGCUGACAUCCCCGCCUUUUCUGUCACCUGGACCUUCAUUAAGCCCAAGUGGGGGCUCCUUCGCAAGUGCCUAUGAAGAGCAGUCCUGGAAAGACACUCGCCAGGGCCAGUGGCAGCGCCGGCGCCGACUCGACGGAGCACUGAAUAGGGUCCCCAUUGGCUUUUAUCAGAAAGUGUGGAAGGUUCUGCAGAAGUGCCAUGGCUUGUCUGUGGAAGGCUUCGUUCUUCCUUCUUCAACAACCCAAGAGAUGACACCAGGGGAGAUUAAGUUCUCGGUUCAUGUGGAGUCUGUUCUCAACCGCGUCCCUCAGCCAGAAUAUCGCCAGCUGCUGGUCGAAGCCAUCCUCGUCCUGACGAUGCUGGCAGACAUCGAAAUCCAGAGCGUUGGUGGCAUCAUCGCUGUGGAGAGAAUUGUGCACAUCGCCAACGAGCUGUUCCUGCAGGAGCAGAAAGCCCUCGGGGCAGAUGAGACCAUGCUGGCAAAGGAUCCCUUCUCUGGCAUCUGCACCCUCCUGUAUGACAGCGCCCCCAGUGGCAGGUUUGGCACCAUGACCUACCUCUCCAAAGCCGCUGCUACCUAUGUCCAAGAGUUUCUGCCUCACAGCGUCUGUGCCAUGCAGUGAGGUGCCUGGCCUCUGCCACGCUGGGAGCUGGCGCAGGACUGAGCACACCCUCCCUUCCCUUUUCUCCUUAGCUUAGAAGGGGAGCAAACCCACCUAGUACAGUAGCUGCUUGGGCAGAAGCCAGCUCUUUCUAGAGGUUGGGCUUAAAUCACUCCUCAGCAGCCGUUCCCCAGGAUGGCCUCCAGGUGCGCUGGCUUGGCUUGUUAGGUCUGUUCCUGAGUCAAUUUUCCUGUUUUCAUCUUAACUUAUUCCUCUCUUCUAGGGUUGCUUUAUUGUGGGGUGCAAGGCAGGGUUCUUCGACUGUAUAUUCAGUUGUUUCACUCUGAAAGCUUUGGGGGUGGGUGGCAUCUAAGCCUUUUUUCCCAGCUGCCUCCUGGUCUUCCUGGGGGCUGAAUGCCAACUACAUGAAUGGCCAUCCUCCCACCCUUCCUUGUGUCCAUCCACUCACUGAAUGAUGAAGGAUCCCCCAGCUCAAGGCUGGGGGCUCACAGCCAGAUACGACUCCUGGUGCUCAGCUGCCCAAGAGUGGCUGGCAUGUCGAUGUACGUGUAGAGUCUGGGCCUUGGACACUUCAAAGGGGGCUGGGGGAGCAAUUGAUCCCCUUCACUAGCUUGUUUGUCCUGGACCCAAAGCCAGCAUCCAAAAGUGGUGGGUGAAGGAGCAGACUCCACCCUUCUUCUCCAAGGAAGGUUCCAGGCUGUCCUGCUUCAUCUCACUGUCAUCCAGUGAGCCCCCAUCAGGCACUUUCCCCAUAGGCACCUAAAGAGGUGUGGGACACAUCUGGCUCCAGCUGAGCACAUACACAUGGAAGGGGGGUAGGGAGCAGCUCUCACUGUGCUUGUGUGGGCCUUAUGGGAGGAUUCCAGCCUAUCAGGACUUGUCAGAGAGGGUGGAGUCCUGAGCCCCUUCCCUAAGUUCAGUUCUCUGACUCUGGUCCUACAUCUGGGUCACUUCAUAUGUAGAAGGUUUUUUCCAACUUUUCCUUCUGAUUGGAAGACCAAGAUCCUACUUCCCUAUUCUCCUGGCAUUUACUGCCUCUCUCCCUCCUCUCCCCAGUAAUAAGUCAGGGCUUUGAAAAGAACUCUGAGCCAAUGUCCUUUCUAGCAAGAAAACCUUCAUGCCCAAUUUGGUGAGAAUCUUCUUAGCUACAGAAGAACAAGCAGUCAGUGUCAGGAAAGCAAGUAUAAAGGUGACCUGCCUCUGCCCUCUUACGUUUGAAGGGUAAGGGGUGGCUGGAGAGAUGGGGCUGCACUGGAGUCCGGCUUGCCCAUGGAGCUCACAGCCUGGACUGCCAUUUGGCCCACCGCUAGGACUUCUGGGUUUUCCCUGCUGCAUCCUUGCUGGCACUCCUGCACACACUUAACGUCAACAGUCUGCUGGACGCACUUGACACUGAGGAUGUGCUUAAAAAGAGAGCAGCAACAUUUUGAAAGUUGACAGAAUAAAAGCAAAAUGUGCCCAACGUUUGUCUGUGUCUUUGCUUUUGUUAAAUUUUGUUAAAUGCCGGCAUUUCAGACUUUGUCACUGUUUUCUCAAUGGAGACCGUCAAAUAGGAAACAACUUGUGGGCUACGUAAAGAAGACUGCUGUUUAGGGACUGGCUGGCUGAGAUGCCCUCUGAGGUCCCACUGACUUGCUGUCACGUUAUUCUUUGCUUGCUGGUUUGCUAGUUAACAUUUAAACUCCUGCUCCACCAGUGCGGGCUGAAGUUUGAGGGGAUAGACGGCAGACAGAAUUAGAGGAUUUUUUCAAGAAAUAUAAUCUUGUUAUUUUCAAGUACAUACAUUUGCAGACUCAGUUGACAAAGUAUGUUAAUUCACACUGGCUUGUUGAAGUCAUUAGAGGAUGUGUUUUGAUAGAUAAAUGAGACUGAUUUUAACUUAACAGAAAAUGGCUCGUCGAGUUUUUGAGGGUGCUUCUCUUAGCCAGUGGUGGUGAUGGAAUCCUAAUAAAGCUGCCUCCAGCCCCAAUAUUCUAACUUCCUUAUGAGCCCCACUGAAUAGCAAGCAUAUCCUGAUUUAACCACAUAAUCUGGCUUUAACCACAGCACAGGCCCGCAGAUCCAAUUCACAUAUCUGAACAGGUAUGUUCUUGUACUCUACCACAAGCCCAUCAUCCAUUUAGCCCAAGAUAGGACCACAGUGCCUAACUAUUCACCUUGACCAGACGGGACCACAACAGAUAGCCAAUCAGAAAGCAGCAUGACCAGGAUGUUGGAGCACUGAGCCAUAGAAGGGACCCCUCCCCAUUACCUAGUCUCUUAACAAAUCCCUCCUGCCUUUUUGAUGUUCAUAAUUUCUGUUAUGUAAUUGCAUCUUUACCCUAUAAAAACCAUCUUGCUUUCUCCAAAGUUGCUGGUUUCUCUUGGAACGCAGCCCGCUUCUGGGGGGCAUCAAUCCUCAAUAAAUGCGUGCAAUUGG